AACAAAAAGCAAAAGAAAAGAAAUUUCAUUCGUCUAUAUAAACAAAAUCUGAAGCUAUAAAAAAAACGCAUUCAAAUCGGCGUCAACUAUAAAAAUUCAGUUGCAAGUUCGAAAGUUUUAAUGGAACGUGCCCUGUCCCAUGUGCGUGUGGAUUUCCCAUUGGUAUCGCCCGGUGACCGCAAGCAUUUGCUGAGCCCGUAAGAGAAGCGCGGACUGCGCAGCCGCGAAGAUGAAGCGCGACAUAUCCACCUCGACAAUUGGCCGAGAUGAGGCCAGGCGUCCACUGAUGGAGGCAUACAUGUUUCAGCGCCGCGUGCUGCUCGGCUGCAGCCUGCUGAUGGUCGUUUCGCUGAUAGUGUGGAUAGUGGCGAUAGCAACGGACCAUUGGAUCAUCAUAUCAGGCAGACAAGGCAUCUUCAUACCAGAAUCGCGUCGCUUCUUCAUAAACUCGCACUCGGGCCUGUGGCGCCAUUGCCGCAACACGAUUGUGCCGAAUGCUCUGAGCAAUGCGCAGGUGGUGCGAAACUUUAGCUCCAUGUCGUACACCUCGCAGUCGUAUAUCAACGAUGCCAAACGUAACUUGACUCACAUGGAGUUCAUUCGAAAUUUCGCCCAGGAGAAGUUGGACGGUUCGGGCAACUUUACGGAGCCGGCGCGUCGACGCAUGUUCGCCCAUUGGGCGAGAGGGGAGGAGGAGGAGUUCCAAACGUUUCGCAGCGCCUUCCACAAGCUGGUCAUGUCGACGGAAGCGAAUCAGCAUGAAUUCAAUGCGACAGGCGCGAAGCCCAUUCCCAUCGAUCCGUUGAACGUCAAUGGGAUAAUCAAGAAUCGCACCUUUGGCUCGGCGCUGCAGCGUGUUAAGUACAACAACACCUGGUCCUACUAUGUGAUACCAGAGAUGGCACAGCAGUGCUUAUUCAGCAAUUGGACGGAUUAUCCAUUGGUGGUGCGACUGCUGGGCACGUACAUCAGAGACAUCGGCAUACCCGCCUUUGUGUUGAAUGAGGACCGCGUGAUUUUGCUUUUGGUGCCGCCGCUGCCACCAAAAAAGAGCGGACAGACCGCCUACUACAGCUAUAUACCAUACCCGCGUUGCAAAUACAUCGACAUGUUUCCCAAUUCAAAUACCCUACGCAGUGAGCCUGGCUUUGAUGAUGAAUUAAUGGAUUACAUUCGGACGCAGGCAUCCUUUGCCUGCAUCACAUUGUUCGUCAUGAGCUUGGGCGCUGUUUUCUCCUUCUACACGUUCAUGAAUCCCCGCUACAUGUUCAAGCGUUUGGCUGGUGGCAUACACCUGGUGGCGGCAUCCACAGCGCUUGUAGUGCUUCAGGUUCUGUUCUCUUCCAUUGACUACACCAAGGAUCAUUUGUUCUAUGCCUAUCCGGAUGGUGCGGAAUUGACCUAUGGCUAUGGCGUUUACCUAGCCUGGUUCACGUUCGUAGUUAAUAUUGUUUGCGGUGUUAUGUUCCUCUGGUAUUCAGGUAAGAAGAAAGGCGCCAAGGCGCCCAAUGAUGAAGUCGCCAUGGCCGAUGAGCCAACCAUAAUGGGCAGAUAGCUUCGACCCAUACAAUCAGCGAGAAAAAAAUCAAAGACCAAAGCAAUCCAAAGUCAAUACCUGGAUUGGUAUUUUGCCUUUCACUUUUGUUAUUUGUUAUCUUCUUAAUAAUACUACACAUAUGUAUAAAUUGAGUUUUUCAUUAAUAAUAAUCUGAAGAACUCGGCGUAAUAAAGAAAUCACUUGUUUACCUGUAAUAGAAAAA